AUGUCAGGUGCAACACCAGACUCUACAAGAGAGCGAGGAUGGUCAGCUUCAGAAGCAUGGGAUGCGGUUGUCAAUGUCCCAUUGCAGCCACAUUCUCGAGUCCAACGUCCGGCCACGAUCCACUUGGGCGUACCACAGCUGCUCGACCCACCCCGCCUCUCACCCCCACCCCGCCUCUCACCGGCAGCGGCCAGCAGCCCUCUCCUUGGCAGCUUCAUUGAGAGCAAGAGCAGCAAUCAAGUCGAUGCCGACUACUUCGGCCACCCUUCGACACGUAUGCAAGCCCUUACAGCCUCUGGUUCACGCACUCCGCGUACGCCCAGCUCUUUUGCCUACGCCAACGUCCCUGCUACCAUUGAUGAAGAGAGUGAUGCGGAAUCGCCCGGCUUGCCAGCCGGGCAAGCUGCGGGUGAUGCAGCUGAGGUGGAUCAGCGAGACGACGAUGAUAGCGACUCAGCCAAAUCCGGGAUCAAGUCAGAGGGCUCUCCUCCUCGAAUCAGCGAUGCGGGUCACUCGCCUGCGAGGAAUAGGCCAAGGUCAAUGUUGGAUCUCGUAUCUAGUUCCGAGCAGCCCGGUGGGGCGCCAUCAGAAGCACGUUCAGGUCAAGAGGAGGCCAGGGAGACCAGCAGGACCGCAGCCAAAACAUCCACGGACAGCGAGCUGCGCAGCAAGCCGAGCAUCAGCGAUAUCGCUUUUCCUGGCUCUGCUGACAUUCAAGCCGCAAGCAUUGAGGCCAACUUUGCAGAGAGAAAGUCAACCUCUCCUCGGCAAUCAUCAUCGCCGCCCCCACCAUCAGACACAACGCCAACAUCACCCGCUAGCCAUCCAUCCUCACCACUACAACCGAGGCCCAACCUCAACUCGAAAGGCUCUACCUCUCCUUUGCGUCGCCUGAUCAAGCGCAGCUUCUCACGCUCUCGCUCAGGAUCGACGAGUGGCUCAGAUUCGCCAGCCUCAGUCUCGUCUCCUAAGGGAACAGGACGUGAUGCAAAGAGUCCGUUAGGUGAACAGGCACACAUGCGGUCGCCUAUCCUGCCACCUUCACUGAGCAGCAAGGCUCGGUCUGUUCAGGACGAAAACACUGCAAGCACUCCUGCAGCACCUGUGCGAGAUUCGUCGCUUACUCGACAGAGGCGUAGCUCGACGUCAUUGCCUGCUGCUGAGGACCAUUGGCCGACAAGUGCGUUGCCAACAUCCCCUCGCCUCCGCAGCACGUCUGGCGCAGGCUCACAACCACCGGGGGUGCGCACACGCAAGCUCUCGUCAUCGCUGCCCAGAUCAUGGCGGAAGCGCCUCUCCUCAUUGACUGCAGCGGCGUCAUCCUCAUCGAGACGUGAAGGCAAGACGGCGGCGCGACCAUCAUUCGCAACCCUUUGGAAUGCCGACGAGUCCCGUAGAGCUGAGGAGCGUGCUGUGAUGAGACAGGAAAGGCGAGCGCCCUCUGUGCUUGAGAGCGAUGAAGCCCUGCUCGCCGCUCUAGAGGCAGAGGCACUUUGGACCAGCGGGCAGUCAAGUUCGAUCAAGCAGCCAGCCAGCGCUAUGGCCUCCGUCGAUGACUCAGAAGAGGUGGCAGAGCAUCCUCUGCGCAAACAAGACAUUCAGCCCAGAGACGAUCUAUGCAUUGUUGAAGAGGAAGAACCAGACACCGCUUCAGCCAGCACUUCUCGGGCUCCAUCUCCUUCGCCCCUACUGGAACGGCUCUCCGACUCGCAACGCCCCGCUUUAUUACGCCGCAAAGCUGUUCCAUCUGUCGAGCAACAGCAGCAGGUAUCUCGCCCAGAGAGCGUGAGCAGCCGGACAAUACACGGAGACGAGAAGGGCGCAAGGGUCAGCGGGCUCGAGGGCCGCCAUUAUUUGGAAAAACCUCGGCCCCGUAGGGUGGGUCGCAAGCGCAGCCUAUCGCACAGCGGGGUCACUCGACUGCGGCCUGAUAGAAACGGGUCUCAGAACGGAGAAGAGACAAGGGAAUCAUCAUCUCCCACGGGGCUUGCAUGCAUUUCCGACCCUCCCAUCAAGACCCUUUUCGCUUCUACGGCCAUGACCCCGUCUCGAAGCCUUCCCGCCCGCACCAAUCCAUACAGCCAACAGUGGCCCUCUGCCCUCGAGCUUGACCUUGGGUCCGUCUCUGGCUCUCACUUCGACGACGACAUCGCAUCAAGCUACGUCGACGACAUGGGCGCGGCGCCCUCAGCACCGUGUUAUCCCACGAACGUCGCUGAGUCCCACGACCCGACCAUAACCAGCAAGCUGCGCUCCCUCGCGCUCGGCCGUAGUCGCUCGUCUGGGCAUAGGCGCUCUGACUCGCUCACAGACCGACGCCCCCCUGUCGAGUUCAAUCUCGAAAGCGAGCGGUUCAAACAUCUCGAAGAGCAGGCGAAGACUCGCAAACGGCCAAGGCCUACCUCGCUCGCUCUUGGGCCCUUUGACUUACAAGUGCCGGAGAUGCCGGACGAAUCUCACAAUGAUGGCGAGGAGGCUAGACAGCGUGCGAUGAGCGCAAGGCAGCGCAAGCACCGUAGCCUACCCCAAGCUCUCAACCUCCGCGAGAAAGUCCUAGCUCGUCGCCAACAACGUCGACUACGCCGCAGCAUCGACCUGGCUCUGGGGAUGAGCGUUCCACUGCAAUUGAGUUUUGCGGCUGGACUUGGGUGGAAUGAUGGAAGAGAGGCUGAUGAUGAGCAUUCCUCAUCGAGCGAGGAAAGCCUUUCUCUGGGGCCAAACACUGAAGGCUUUGUCUCAUUUUCGAUGGACACGAGCGAGGCGGUCACUGCGACAGAGCCCAUCGAGAACUUCAUCACAGCUAUGAGUCAAGGCGAGCGGAACACAGAGGAGGAAGCAGCAGCGGAGCACCGUCGUCGCGUAGCAGCACGCAAGCUUUCGAUGGACUUGCUAGAGGGUAGAGCCAGCCGCCAGGAGCGUUCUCACGCACCCGUGCAGCCUCGAGCAAGCUCGAUGGCCUCGAUGAUUGAGCAGCCUACUUCACCGUCGCCCCCUCCGUCGCGCAUUGUCAUGGAUGGACCAGAGUGGUCAGCGGGAAGAAUGAGGGUGACGAUGCGAAGGGUGAACACGACGACUGCGGCGGUGACUGCGCUCGGCUCGCCCUCAUCGUCACUGGACUCAUCAUUCUACGUUGACGAUGCUGGUGAGAAGAAGCGACGUUGCCUUUCGAGAACUCUAAUCAGGAACAGACGAGGCGAUGCGAUAGAUGAGCGACGUCGCCUUUGA